CCACGUCAGUCAGUCCGUCGGUCAGCGGGUGGGUGAGUCUCUUCAGGGACUUCAUUGCCGGUUUCUAGUGACGGCGUCCCAGUUCGGACUGACGGAGCCAUGGAAAUUAUCUUUGCCAAAAUUAUCCAGUGAUCUUCAUUUUGAGUUGGAAAGUAACCUUAAAUCUCUGCCCCAUUCAUGAACAUCAUGGAAGUUCACAAAAAUAAAAGUUUGACAGUAGCUCAACUUGCCAGAUAAACUUGCAGUUUGUGUUUAAGAGCCGUUGAAGGGGAAAUACAUUUUAAAUCAGUCUUCCUCAAUUUGCCUAAAGAGAAUUAAGACUGCUGCUCCUCUACGACUUGAUAUCAAGAGAAAGCUAACUGCUCGAUCAGAUCGAGUUAAGAGUGUGGAUUUACACCCUACAGAGCCGUGGAUGUUGGCGAGUCUUUAUAAUGGCAGUGUGUGCGUUUGGAAUCAUGAAACACAGAUGCUGGUGAAAACAUUUGAAGUGUGUGAUCUUCCUGUUCGAGCUGCCAAGUUUGUUGCAAGGAAGAAUUGGGUUGUAACAGGAGCGGAUGACAUGCAGAUUAGAGUGUUCAAUUACAAUACUCUGGAGAGAGUUCAUAUGUUCGAAGCACACUCAGACUACAUUCGCUGUAUCGCUGUUCAUCCAACCCAGCCUUUCAUUCUAACCAGCAGUGAUGACAUGCUUAUUAAGCUCUGGGACUGGGAUAAAAAAUGGUCUUGCUCGCAGGUGUUUGAAGGACACACCCAUUAUGUUAUGCAGAUUGUGAUCAACCCCAAAGACAACAAUCAGUUUGCCAGUGCGUCUUUGGACAGGACUAUCAAGGUCUGGCAGCUAGGCUCUUCAUCACCAAACUUCACUUUGGAGGGACACGAGAAAGGCGUGAAUUGCAUUGAUUACUACAGUGGUGGCGACAAACCAUACCUCAUUUCAGGUGCAGAUGACCGUCUGGUUAAAAUAUGGGACUAUCAGAACAAAACAUGUGUGCAGACACUGGAGGGACAUGCCCAAAAUGUGUCCUGUGCCAGUUUUCACCCUGAGUUGCCAAUCAUCAUCACAGGUUCAGAAGAUGGAACUGUGCGUAUAUGGCAUUCAAGCACCUAUCGCCUUGAGAGCACAUUGAAUUAUGGGAUGGAGAGGGUGUGGUGUGUGGCCAGUCUGAGAGGGUCCAACAAUGUCGCUUUGGGCUAUGAUGAAGGGAGUAUCAUUGUUAAGCUUGGUCGGGAGGAACCUGCCAUGUCCAUGGAUGCCAACGGAAAGAUAAUUUGGGCUAAGCAUUCAGAAAUCCAGCAGGCCAACCUAAAAGCAAUGGGAGAUGCUGAAAUUAAAGAUGGAGAAAGAUUGCCACUGGCAGUAAAGGAUAUGGGCAGCUGUGAAAUUUACCCUCAGACUAUUCAGCACAAUCCUAAUGGACGGUUUGUUGUGGUUUGUGGUGAUGGUGAGUAUAUCAUCUACACAGCAAUGGCACUGAGAAACAAGAGCUUUGGAUCUGCCCAGGAGUUUGCAUGGGCCCAUGAUUCUUCAGAAUAUGCAAUACGAGAAAGCAACAGUGUUGUAAAGAUAUUUAAGAACUUUAAGGAAAAAAAAUCAUUUAAACCAGAUUUUGGAGCUGAAAGUAUCUAUGGAGGCUUCUUACUGGGUGUCAGAUCUGUAAAUGGCUUAGCUUUCUAUGACUGGGACAAUACAGAACUUAUACGCAGAAUUGAAAUUCAGCCCAAACAUAUUUUCUGGUCGGACUCUGGAGAGCUAGUCUGUAUUGCCACUGAGGAGUCAUUUUUCAUCCUUAAAUAUCUGUCAGAAAAAGUCUUGGCUGCGCAGGAAACACAUGAGGGAGUUACUGAAGAUGGCAUUGAAGAUGCAUUUGAGGUCCUUGGUGAGAUUCAGGAAAUUGUGAAAACAGGGUUGUGGGUAGGCGAUUGCUUCAUUUACACAAGUUCUGUGAACAGAUUAAAUUAUUAUGUUGGAGGAGAAAUUGUCACCAUUGCCCACUUGGACAGAACGAUGUACCUCCUGGGCUAUAUUCCUAAAGACAACAGGCUUUAUCUGGGGGAUAAAGAACUGAACAUCGUUAGCUACUCCCUCCUGGUUUCAGUGCUGGAAUACCAGACGGCUGUCAUGCGGCGGGACUUCAGCAUGGCUGACAAGGUCCUUCCCACUAUUCCAAAAGAACAAAGGACCAGAGUUGCACACUUUUUAGAAAAGCAGGGCUUCAAGCAGCAAGCUCUUACAGUAUCCACAGAUCCUGAGCAUCGCUUUGAACUUGCUCUUCAGCUUGGAGAACUCGAAACUGCAUACCUAUUAGCUGUGGAAGCAGAGUCGGAACAGAAGUGGAAACAACUUGCUGAGCUUGCCAUUAGUAAGUGUCAGUUUGCCCUAGCCCAGGAGUGCCUGCACCACGCACAGGAUUAUGGGGGUCUGUUGCUGUUGGCCACCGCUUCUGGAAAUGCUAGUAUGGUGAACAAGCUAGCAGAGGGUGCAGAGAGAGAUGGCAAGAAUAAUGUGGCAUUCAUGAGCUACUUCUUACAGGGCAAGCUCGAUGCUUGCCUGGAGCUCUUGAUUAGAACGGGACGACUGCCAGAAGCUGCCUUCCUGGCCCGGACUUACUUACCCAGUCAGGUUUCAAGGGUGGUGAAACUCUGGAGAGAGAGUCUCUCAAAAGUCAAUCAGAAAGCGGCGGAAUCCCUUGCUGAUCCAACAGAGUAUGAAAACCUUUUCCCUGGAUUAAAAGAAGCCUUUGUCGCGGAAGAAUGGGUGAAGGAAACACAUGCCAACCUGUGGCCAGCUAAACAGUACCCACUGGUCACGCCUAAUGAAGAAAGAAAUGUUAUGGAGGAGGCAAAAGGCUUUCAGCCCUCAAGAUCUACAGCUCAGCAGGAACUUGAUGGAAAACCUGCUUCUCCUAAUCUUGUUAUCACAGCAUCCCACUCAGCCAACAAAGAAGAAGAGAGUUUACUUGAACUGGAAGUAGAUAUGGAUAAUUUGGAAUUAGACGAUAUUGACACAACAGAUAUCAACCUGGAUGAAGAGAUUUUGGAUGACUGAAUAAUGUUCUCCAUUACCCAACUGAAAGGGUCAUUAUUAUGGACAAAUAUUAAUCGUCACCCUGACCACGGUGCUGGGCCUCCGAAAAGAAACCCCUCAGAUUUUGAUAAACUCCCUCCUUGUUUUAGGAGUUAUGUAAGUCAGUGUGUUAUUCCCUUGUUAACUAAAAUAGCCAUGGGCGUUUUUUUUAAACUGUCAUUAGACCAUAUAUCAUAAAAUCUUUUGAUUAAAGACA